UCGGCAGAACCCGCUUUUCGCGUUUCCGAUUCCGCCACCUCCGCGACCUCUGGUUUUUCCCGUCGUGGCGGCGUCCUCGUCGACCUCUGUGCACUAUGUCCAGCGGCCUCCUGAAGGCGCUGCGCAGCGACUCCUAUGUGGAGCUGAGCCAGUACCGGGACCAGCACUUCCGGGGUGACAAUGAAGAACAGGAAAAAUUACUGAAGAAAAGCUGUACAUUGUAUGUUGGAAAUCUUUCCUUUUAUACAACUGAAGAACAAAUCUAUGAACUCUUCAGCAAAAGUGGUGACAUAAAGAAAAUCAUUAUGGGCCUGGAUAAAAUGAAGAAAACAGCAUGUGGUUUCUGCUUUGUGGAGUACUACUCAAGAGCAGAUGCAGAAAAUGCCAUGCGGUACAUAAACGGAACUCGUCUGGAUGACCGGAUCAUUCGCACAGACUGGGAUGCAGGCUUUAAGGAGGGCAGGCAGUACGGCCGUGGACGGUCUGGAGGCCAGGUACGAGAUGAGUAUCGACAAGACUAUGAUGCUGGGAGAGGAGGCUAUGGAAAACUGGCCCAAAACCAGUGAGCAAAAACCAUCAUGAAAAACUCACUCCUUUGGCCUGCUGAAUUUGAUGUACAUUACCUAAGGUCUGCAAACCUGCCAUUUUUACAAAUAUUUGAUCACUGUCUCUACUGAGCCAGACACCACUUCAUGGCUUUCCUCUGAAAAUUAUUAAAGGACAGAAUCCAAAAGAAUGCCUUUAAUUCUAGUCUUAGAAUAUUGGGCAUGUGUAAGGUUACUGGAAUGAUUUUCUUACCAGGUCAAAAAUCGUGUUCCUUGGCAACGGAGUUUAUCUAUAAUGUUGAUUUAUCAGCCAAAACACCACACGUCUUUUAGGAAAAUUGGAAAAAGUUUACAAUUUUGUUUACCGUGUUUGUGUGUAAGCAGGUUCAUGGUCUACACAUUGGGGCCUGUAAUCAUCUAAAAAUUUUUUAGUUGCCUUGAGAUAAAGUUUAAUAAAAGGAGUUUUGUUAUAUUCAUAUCUUUGCUCUAAAUUAGGAUCAGACAACUGAAUUUUUCCCUAUGUUGAAUGCUAAUCUCUAAAGGCAAACUUAGGGAGUCAAGAGACCUUCCUAAAGAGUUGGUGCAAAAGUAAGCCUUAGUCAGUCCCAGGGUAUACAACCUGCUCAGAUGCUUUAUAUGUCAGGAAAUUAGGCACAGGACUUGAAGGGUAUUUACUAAGCACAUUUUUUAAAAGGUGUGUUUUACCUAAAGCUAAAAAAAGCCAGGGUUGGUUUGUAUUAGGAAGAACCUCAAAUACCUUAAGGGAAGUGGGGGACAUUGUCAGUAGGAAAUGGGAUGAAAUAUCAGAGGACACUAGUUAAAACAUUGUCUUGACAUGUUGAAGGUUGCUGUGAGGGCCAUCAGAUUUAUUGUUUUCAUUUUCAGAGUGAUCUUGGGAAUAGAGUAGGUCUGAAAAAAGAGCUUGAAGAUUGAGAAACUGCCUAACGAAAAACGAUCAGAAAUGCUUUCCUCAGGAAAUAUGUUUUGGCCAAUUGUCAUGUUGAAGUCUGUUGUUUUUUUUUUUUUUUUACUAAUUGUGCUUACUGAGUUUCAGAGCCUCGAUAGCAACAGUCUCCACAGAGAGGAGUCUAGAGUAUUUACUUUGCAUUUGUAAGGCAAGAGGCGAUUUCUCUCUAAUAGUGUGUUGAACUGUUCUUUUUUAAUUUAUUGGGGUGACAUUGUUUAAUAGGAUCAUAGAGUUUUCAGAUGUAGAUUUCUAGGAUACAAGAUCUAUAUAUUGUAUUGUGUGCCCGCCUCCCAAAGUCAAAUCUUCUGUCAACAUAUAUUAGGUACCCUUCAUCCCCACCCACCCAUUCCCUUUGGCAACCACUACACUGCUAUUUGUGUCCAUGAGUUUCAGUUUUAUAUCCCACACAUGAGUGAAACCAUAUGGUUCUUAGCUUUUUCUGACUGGCUUAUUGCACUUAGCAUAAUAUUCUCUAGAUCCAUCUGUGUUGUCACAAAUGGCAGUAUUUUGUUUUUUUAAUGGCUGAGUAGUAUUCCAUUGUGUGUAUGUACCACAUCUUCUUUAUCUAAUCCCCUAUCGCAGGACACUUUGGUUGUCUCUAUUAUUCAUUUAAAACUGCUAAUCUGAUAUAAUUUUUCCUGACAUAAGUGGCAUUUUUUCAUCUAGCAACAAAGUAUCUCCAAACUUCUUGUAGUUUGUGGGGCUGAAGUAUCUCAAAUGUGAACAUCUUUGACACUAGCUAGAUUGAAGAUGCAAGAUCCAUUACAUUAACCCUAAUGCAGUCAAGUGUAAGAACAGGGCCACUUCUGCCUUUCUCCAGAAGAUGAGGUUCAUAUAAGCAAAAAAAAAAAAA